AUGCCCAAACAGCGGAGAAGAGGGCGUGGCGGCGGAGGGAAGCGGCGAGAGAUUGUCGUUCCCUACGCGAAGGGAUAUCGCCCACCGACGGAGAAGCAACGUGUCGCAGCUCUCGGGAAGAUAUCUGGAGGCGCGAAAGAGUUUCAGACUGGAGACGGGUUCUUUUCGCCUGUUCCAGCACCCACCUCGAUCGACGACUGGCUGGCCCAGUACAACGAGGAAGGUCAGACAUACGGCCAGUUCAUCUCGGAAUGUCCUUGGCUCUCCAAGAGAAAGUGGAAGUACCACAAGGGCGCAUUUGUAACAAGUGGCCGAAACAUCCUCGAGAAAUACCCGGGCACAAAAAUAUAUUUACAGCCUCUGGGAAAUUUUGACGCGGGCGACGCGCCGAAUUUUUACGACCUGGCCGAGUAUGCGCGCCUAUUUUUCUGCUUGCCGGUGGAAGUGUUGCCUGUGGUGACCCUGGAAGAAGAAGACUCUUCCAUCUACUGGAUAGAAUCGGCAGCAAUGAAGGGUCGAAUGGAUAAGAGAGCCGAGAGAAAAUCUCCGCGUUUGACGAAAUGCCGCCUGGAUUUCCGGCAGAAAGACGGACACUUGCAACUGCAUUGCCCAUCAGUUUUGGCGCGGCUCCGUCGCACGCUACCUGACGACGCACUCUGUCUAGUCGGUCUCACCAUGCUAGACCUGUACUCCGAUGAUCCCGAUCUCUUUGUUGCCGGCCUGGCCGCCGGCAGCCACAGAGUCGCAGUCUUUAGCUUCUUUCGCUACGACCCCGGCCUCUCGUUCUCGUCCGAGUUCUGGCACGAAGUGAAAACCUCGCAGGCGAUGUUACGCGCCGAUCGCCGGAAGACCGUGCUACAGCGCGGCUGUAAGUUGUUGGUUCACGAGUUGGGGCAUCUCCUCGGGUUGGACCACUGCGUCUGGUUCUCUUGUCUCAUGAACGGAUCGGGUCACCUGCGGGAGGACUUCCGCCAGUCCAUGACGCUGUGUCCCGUGGAUCUCCGCAAGUUGCAAACUCUGACGGGCUGCGACGUCGUCAGUAGGUACGCAGGACUGCUGGCCUUCUUUCGUCGGUGCGGACUGGACGAAGAAGCGGAGUGGAUAGACAGAAGACUGGCUUUUCUAAAAUAA